GCCCGCCAGGCGUUUCUCCUCCUCCCCCACGUCCGGCCUCCAGCCCCGAGUGGUUCAGUGAUCACAUGACGGGGCGGUCUGACCCGCCUCACAGAAAUCUUGGUGUUCGUCCGCGUAUGCUGCAUGACGGCCGCCUGCGGGCGGGGUUUCUCAUGCUACGCGCCUUCUGGUACAGUCCCGUGUGGGCGUCGGGCGACAUAUUGGCAGAAAUAUGGAACGAGUCCCAGAAUUACGAUCUUGUCCUCAUGACCGCUACGCAAGCUGGCGACCUCCUUCGUGGAGCACAGGUUCUCCAUCGCAGGCUUGAUGGUCGAAUCGUCUUCGAAGUACUAUAGCACUUCAAUCAGCCCGUCAAUCGCUUCAGACACAUCUGCAUGAUGAUCUACCUGCUGCACCAGUCGUAGUACUACCCCCCAGCCGAAACGCGAGCGUCGAGGGAAGGGUCGGUGUCGGGGUCGGGGCCAGGCGUCGGCGGAUGAUGGGCCGGGGACAGCGGCAGCACGCCGAGAGCGCAGCGACGGAACGUGGCUGCGCUUCGCCCGCUGCUGCCUUCCCGCCGUCACGGAAGAGUGCCGGGCCGGACCCGGAGCCAGGCAGGGCCCCGCGCCGUGCGGGCCCGCGCCCCGAGCCCCCUGCGCGGGGACCCAGCGGCUGCGGGCCAAGGACCAGUGUCGCCUAUAGCGCAGAGAGAGUCGCAGACCGGCCGAUGCUGCAAGUGUGGAGGAGUGGCAAUGUUGUUUUUGUUCCAGGAUCUCUUGUGGCACGCGCUGGGCAGCUCUGGGGGGAGCCGUUCGGUCCAUUGCUGCAGUCCUUGGAUUCCAUGAGUUCGAACCGAAUCGGAACCUCCGACCCUCCCCCUCCUCCUUCGGUUCCUUCUGUGCUGCCCUCUCCCCCAACCCCCCUGUUCAUCCCUUCGUCCGCCCCUCGCGCUCCUCGUGCCCCCCGCGCCACAUCCAGGCGUUUUGUUUCGCGGCGCGCGCGCUCCUCCCCCGCGCCCCCCGCCCGCGCGCCUCUCGGCCCCCCCAUUGUAGUCAGCGGCAGCCGGCAUGUCGCGCGCCCUCGGAGUCGCCGCGCUGAUCAUCCUCGCCCAGGCGGCGGCGGCGGAGGCGGGCAGGCUGAAGGGCAGCAAGGCGAACGCGACCGCCAGGUUCACCGUCAACGACAAGGUCUACGUCGCCGGCAGCUUGUUCGCCGAGGGCUCCUCCAUCACGAUCGGCUGCAACGAGCAUUCGGGCACGAGCAAGUUCAAGGUGUGCGGCUGCAACGCCAAGGUGAUCGCCCACGCCCUGUCCGAGUGCCAGAGCUACCAGCAGUACGACACGCAGAUCGGGCAGUGCGACUGCAGCACCACCGCGUGCGACGACCAGACUCUCACUUCUGGCUAUUCGGAGAAGUUCGAGUGGACGGCGUACUCCUUCGAGAUCCAGGCGUGCUGAGCUGCGCCCCGACGCCCGCGGCGCGGCCCUCGCCGUCAGAUGGGCUCCGAAGGUCA